GUUCUUGAAUCACUUUGGUCUUUAUAGCUAUAUAUAAAACCACCCAGAGACGAAGAGCCUAGCUAUCACAGUUAAUUAAGAUUUUUCACAAACUAAGCAAAAUAUGGCUUCCAACAAGGUAGUGUUCUCGGUAUUGCUCCUCGUCGUUCUCUCCGUGCUCGCGGCGGCGAUGGCGACCAUGGCGGACCACCACCAAGUCUACAGCCCCGGUGAGCAAUGUCGGCCAGGAAUAAGCUAUCCGACAUACUCACUCCCGCAAUGUCGAACAUUGGUGAGGCGCCAAUGCGUUGGCCGUGGCGCGGCCAGCGCCGCGGACGAGCAAGUCUGGCAAGACUGCUGCCGGCAGCUCGCCGCCGUCGACGACGGCUGGUGCAGGUGCGGGGCGCUCGAUCACAUGCUGUCAGGCAUCUACAGGGAGCUCGGCGCCACCGAGGCCGGGCACCCCAUGGCCGAGGUGUUCCCCGGCUGCCGGAGAGGGGACUUGGAGCGCGCGGCGGCGAGCCUCCCGGCGUUCUGCAACGUGGACAUCCCCAAUGGGCCUGGUGGUGUCUGCUACUGGCUUGGGUAUCCUAGGACCCCAAGAACCGGUCACUAGGCUACUAUAGUUAGCUGUGUGUGUGUGACUAUGUGGGGUUGCUAAAUAAUUAGUGCUUUCUUUUGUCAGGAAGCAUCUAUUUAUAUAUAUGUGGUGAAUAAAUGAUGAACUUCAAUGUUCUUCUGAAUAUAUCUUGCUGGUUUGCUA